ACUGAUUGAUUUAUGCGCUUUAUAUUUUUGAAUCCUUUUCAACUUCCUAUUUUAUCUACUCAGUCUGAUUAAAAUUGCUUUGCAACUAUGGCUACACAACUUCAUGAUAUCAAACAAAUUUCAGGAAAUUUGAUGCAAUGGAAUCUCAAAGUUAGAGUCGUUCGAAUGUGGGUAAUUCCGGAUCAAUUUAAGCCGGAAAUACCGCUUUCAAUUGAAUUGGUUUUACAGGAUUCGAAGGGUGAUCGUAUACAUGCUUCAAUCGGAAAGUAUGUUGUUAAGUUUUUUAGGAACAAGAUACAUGAACUUCGCUUAUAUCGUAUGAGGUACUUUGUUGUCGGACCAAAUAAUUUGAAGUUGAGGACUACGACACACAACCUGAGGCUGAUAUUUACACAAAAGACAUUUAUUGAGGAAACACCCGAUCCUUCAUUUCAUAUGAACAUCUUUAACUUGCGUCCUUUUGACCAACUAACAAAUCAACAUGAUGUCGAUGAGACAAAAUUAUUCGGUAAUUCUUCUUUUGUGCAGGUUGGUGCACCCAUAUGAACCUUCGUUCGAGACAGUACCUGAAAUAAGAUUUUAACCAAAUGUGAUGUCCUUUAUGUUUGUCAAAAGUUUAUGCAUUUUCAUGUGGACUAAUUCUUUUAAAGCGAAAUAUUGAUGUAUCAUUUCUCAAGUAUGUUAAAAUAGCUU